AUGUUGUUUUCAGAAAAUUCGAACUCGAAUGAUAUUAUAGGAAUGGGUUCAAUAUAUAAUGAAUCAACAAAUCAGUCAAACAUUUCAAAAUGUGAAUUUUAUGAUUGGUCUCGAAAUCCAAACAAUGCUCAUUUUUUUCGAAUAUUUUCAAUAAUAUCAGUAUUAACAGUAUUGGUUGUUGUUGUUGUUUUGGGUAAUGCACUUGUAAUUGCUGCUGUUUUAUUACGUCGUCGACUUCGAUCAGCAACUGGUUUACUUAUACUUUCAUUAGCUGUAGCUGAUUUAUUAGUAGGAACUGUUAUUUUACCAUUCAGUAUUGCAAACGAAGUUUUGGAUCAAUUUUGGAUUUUCGGUGAAACUUGGUGUACAAUUUGGUUGACUUUUGAUAUUUGGAUGUGUACGGCGAGUAUUUAUAAUUUGGUUGCAAUAUCAAUCGAUAGAUAUAUUGCUAUUAUAAAACCACUCAAUUAUCCAAUGUUAGUCACCAAAUUUCGUGCAAGAUGUACAGUCGCAAUUGUUUGGAUUGGUAGUUUUAUAAUUUGUUCACCAAGUUUUUUCAUGCCCAAUGCUUUGAGCAAAAGUUGCAAGUAAGAAAUAUUUUCUUUUUUCCAAGGAAUAAUGUUAAAUUCAAUUAUGAAUUUCAGAUGUACUCCAGAAAAUGCAAGUGGUGCUUAUAUAAUAUUCUCAGCUUCAAGUUCUUUUUAUAUUCCAAUGAUUAUUGUUGUAUUCGUAUAUUUUCGAAUAUAUAUUGCAGCAAGAGCAGCAACAAAAAGUAUAUAUUCUGGAAUGAUGAGUGUAACAGCAGCAGCAAACAAAAAACAAAAUCCAAAAAAUUAUCUUUUGAAUCAUCCGGAUGUUAUUUCAAAAGAUUCUUUGCCAAUGCUUCGAGUUCAUCGUGGUUCUUCAAUUGUUCAAACAGGAACACCAACAAAACCAUAUAAACCAAUUGAUGCAAGAAGUCCAAAAAUAAAACAACAAGAACCAUUAGGAAAAACAGUUACAAAUCGAGCACUUAUUUCAAGACAUAAACGAAAUGGAAGAUCUUCAGAAUCAUCAAUUGAAGAUUCAUUGAAUGGGUUAGUUUUGGAAAUUAAUAAUAUAUUUGUAAAUUACAUUUUUCAGUGUGCCAGCACUUAAUUCAAGUCAAAAAACUGUUGAAGAACUUGGUUCACUUAUGGAAAAUAGCCGAAGUAGUUCAACUGAUUCUCAAAAUGAUGAGAAUUUCAGUAAUAAUCAAAAUAACAACAACAAUAAUAAUGAGAUGACAAAAAGUAUUAGUGAUGAAGAAAAAUUAAAUGAUGGUACUUCGAAGAAAAAAGGAAUAGCUUCAAAAUUAAACUUUUUGAUAAAACGAGGACAGAAAAAACGAACAGCGGGAGCAUAUGAAAAACGACUAUCUUUGGAAAUCAAAGCAGCAAAAACAGUAGCAAUUGUUACUGGAUGUUUCAUUUUUUGCUGGUUAGGAUUCUCAUUGAUUUAUGGUCUUCAAUACAAUGCUCCUCCAGUUGUUUGGAGUAUUUUAUUCUGGCUUGGUUAUUUGAAUAGUGCUCUCAAUCCAGUCAUUUAUACAGUUUUCAAUCGAGAAUUCCGAAUUUGUUUCAAACGUCUUUUAACAUGUCAUCAUUUGAAUCAUCCAACACAUAAGGUGGGUGUUUUUGCAAAUUUUAUUUGAUAUAAAAAUAGUGAGUGGCUUCUUUGAAAUAGUCAAACAUGGAUAUAAAAAUAGAAAUUUGUGAGGUUUCUGUUAAAAUGAACUCAUAGUCUUUCUGAUAUUCAAAAACCAAAUAUUAUUUCAGUAUACAAAUAACAAUUCGUAUAAUUCAACUGCAAUGAGAAGUACGAAUAAUGUGAAUCGAGUUCCAACUACAAAUAUGUGCUAUAAUAGUACAGCUGCAAACAGUCAAACAACCCAACAUACUGCUCCAAUUAACUAA